GUUCCUGUAGUCUCUCCUCCUCAGAAGCACAUUGUGUGCAGAUGGGGUAAGGUGUUCUCUCACUUCUCUGGUAAUCAUCAUCUUUGAAAUGAUAUGUUUGAAUCUUAUAGUUCACACCGAGAGUGUUUAAAUAUGUCCCCGUGUGAAUUUUGUGAAGUCCAAUAAAAACUCGCACCCCAUCAGUUUGUCUUGGCUUCUAUUUUCACCAUUUAAAUACACAACCAGAGUAAAUCGGUUACACCAGCAUAUGCAACUUUCUGCACGUAUUCAGCAAGAUCUAGAGAUUCAAUUAAACAUUAAUCUGCCUGGGUUAUAACAAGAGAAUUUCUGACCUACAUGCACACUUACAACUGUCUGGUGCAGGACCAUAAACAACCUUCAGAUUUCCUGCAACACAUUUGAGGGCUUGAGAUACAGUAAUGACGGCAUGUGCCGCUCCCCUUCUGCUUCUUCUGUUCAGCUGUAUGUCAGUAAUGGGGCAAAAAGGUAAGAUCUUAACAGAUGAAACUGAGCACUUGUCUGAGGAAGAUGAUGCUGCUUCCGGGACUGAACACACUGGGCCAAAUCUAGCCGAGCUGAGCAACACUGUGAAGUCUUUACAGACCAGACUAGAGGCGACAGAGGAACUUCUCAAACGAAUAGAACAUAAAGUGGCAUUUGCAGCCUCCCUUGGGAAUGUUUUACACCAUGGACCCUUCAAAAGUGAGGUCACACUGGCUUACAAACAUGUGUUUGUGAAUCAGGGGAAUGCCUACAACCCAAGCACUGGUAUCUUCAGAACACCUGUUAAAGGUGUCUAUUUCUUCACUAUAAAUGGGCAUAGCCUCUCAUCCAAACCUUUGGGUCUGAGGUUGUUCAAAAAUGAAGAACAGAUGGUCACUGUGUACAAUCACCCUCAUGAAAACCGCUUUGAAACAGCAACAAAUUCAAUCGCUUUGAAUCUGGAGGAAGGAGAUGAUGUCUAUGUGCGUCUAAGGGAGAAUACGUGGAUCUUUAAUAAUGAAAAUGACCACACGACAUUUGUUGGCCAUUUACUUUUUGCUCUUUGAAAACCUUUUCAAUGAGCACAAAAUGAUCAAGUAAAAAACUGUCAAUGCAAUCAGUAUUUCCAAUUUCAGAUUUUACAGUGACUUUUGAACAUGCAUUCAAAUCUUGAAUUUAUACAUCAUAAGCUUUAUACGUGUAUCAUUCUGCUUGUGCUGAAAAUAAAACUGUAUACAAUUAGACAAACACUUUGUAAAUGAUAUAGAACAUGAAAUGUAUAGAAAUUGUUCGCUGUUCUUGUAAAAUCAUAUCCUGAAUUUUAAGUAACAUAAUUGCCUUUAAAUAACAUACUUAUUUUUUUAAUAUCAUAUAUUUUGAAUAUUCUUAUCUUCCAUGGCACAUUUUCCAUGUGAUUUCUCAACAUCUCCUACAUACAGAAACGGCUUGCAAACAUAAAAAUCCAACAACUGUUUCAUUAAAAUUCUUUGGCAACACUUUA